AUGUCCAACUCGUCGUAUGCCAAAGGUCAUAAGUCCUCUAAGGAACAGUUGAACGAUGAGAAUAAAAUAAUAGAGACGCUUAGAGACGGCACCGACACCAAGGGGAAAGCCAAAGAAAUCGAUCCGAGCACCAGUGUUAUCGACAAUGUCGACCGAGGACCAGAAAAAUCGGAGGAGCAUUCUACAGUCCUUGUUGUCUUGACCAUCGGGAUCUGCCUCGUUGCGUUCGCAGUGAGCUUGGACAACACAAUCCUGGCAACCGCAAUACCACGCAUCACCGCCGAGUUCGACACCCUCGACAACGCAGCAUGGUACCGCAGCGCCUCCUUCGUCGCCUCGGCCGGCCUCCAGCUCCCGCUCGCCAAGCUCUACACCUACUUUGACGCAAAGUGGACGUACCUCGCCAGCCUCACCGUCUUCGAGCUCGGCUGCGUCAUAUGCGCAGUGGCAACCAACCCCGACAUCUUCAUCGCGGGCCGUGCCGUGUCGGGUGCGGGUGCGGCAGGGUUAUACCCAGGCGUGGUGAACAUUCUUGGACUGGCCGCGUCCGCAAAAUUACGUCCCGUGCUGUUUGCCGUCGUUACGGGGGCCGUUGGGGUCGCGUCGCUGGUCGGUCCGCCAGUGGGUGGCAUUUUCACCGACUCGUCAAGGAUGACGUGGAGAUGGUGUUUUUGGGUCAACCUGCCCAUUGGAGGUGUUGCUGGUGCAAUCGUUUUGCUGGCCCUCCGUCCACCACGGUUGAACCUGUGGAAAAAGACCGAUACAGGCAGCAGCGACGGCAAAGCUCAACUGUCAGCAAAACAGCCCCUGGAACAAACCCAGCCGCUCACACAAAAGCUCCUAAAACUAGACCCGGUGGGCACGAUAUUCCUAUCCGGAGCAACCGUCAGCCUCCUCCUCGCCCUGCAAUGGGGCGGCACCAGCUACUACUGGACCGACAAGCCAGUCUGGGGCUGCCUAGCCGCCGCCGGGCUGCUAUUGUCCUCUUUCGCCUUUGUGCAGCGCUACUUCCGCGACCCAGCCUCCGCCUCCAUCCCGCCCGGCCUCUUCCGCUGCCGCACCGUCCUGACCUCCGCCCUCCUGGCCACAACCCUAUCCGCCGCGCUGCUCGCGCACGUCUUCCUCCUCCCCUUUUACUUCCAAGCCGUGCGCGGCACGACGGCAACCGGCUCCGGCCUGCGCAUGCUGGCGUACCUCGGCGCGGCGGCGCUGGGCGGCGUCGUGUUUGGCGCAGCCGUGGCGAGCGGCCGGGUCGGGCGGCGGUAUGGGGUGUGCGCAUUCGUCGCGACGGGGCUGUUCGUCGUCGGCGCGGGCUUGCUGCACACGCUUGGCGUCGACACGCCGCCCGGCACGGCGGCGGCGUACCAGGUGGUGGCGGGCGUCGCGGUCGGCGUCGCGUGGCAGGUGCCGUUCGUGGCGGUGCAGCAGCAGCAGCGGGCGGGGGAGCUCGGGGUGGGCGGGCACGGUGUCGCGAAUGCGUUGAUCGCCUGUGCCAAUUCGUUCGGGGCUGCUCUGGGUAUCUUCGUGGUUCAGAACAUAUUCUUGGGGACGCUGGCGAGUGGGUUGGGGGACGUUGCUGGCUUGACAACUGAACAUGUCGAUGCGAUCCUCCGCGCGGGCAGGCUGCCGGGUAUGAGGGAUCCCGUGUUUAUGAAUCCUCUGUUGUUGCAUGAGGUCGUGGCGGCUUUUGCCGCUGCUGUCGAUGCCGCAUUUGUCUUUCCUGUCGUCGCUGGUGUGUUUGCCUUCUUGGCUAGUCUCAUCUUGCUGUGGUGA